CGUGUUUUAACCCCUUAUCCGUGUUUUAUCUCCCCCAUCCGUGUUUUAUCCCACUAUAUCCGUGUUUUAUCCCACUAUCCUUGUUUUUUCCCACCGGUACCAUCCGUGUUUUAUCAAUGCCCAUCAGCCUUCGUAGGGUCCCAACCCACACAGAGCCUGGGCCACCUGUGGCUAUCCGCGCCCCAAUUACGUAAUAUUUCCGCAAAGCUGCGUGUUUACAUAUUUGCUACAUUAUCAUUUCAUUGAUUUGUCAUUGAUCGACCGAAGAUGACCUUUAAAGAUGGAAGUAAUGUCAGAAAAUGUAAGCUAAUGUUAGUCUUAGAUUGUUCGUGUAUAUAGAACGUUUUGUGAGAUAUAUUGUAUCACAUUUAGCAUUUAAUAUUAAUAUAAACGUUGAACAUAUAAUACAUUUAUACCUUCUACCGUGAAAUUGAUAUUGCACGCCAUAUUUCUUCCCCUAUACGGCUAUACCUUAUAGAUAGAUGACAUACCACAGCUUAUUUCGUAAGCGUAGAGGAGGUUCACACAAAACAUAAAUGGAAGUUAAAAUAUAGAUUAUAAAAUAUAUACAAAGACACAGCAAGAUCCUAAGCCUCUUUUGUGUUUACCUCUUGGGUUAAUAAUUAACUAAUUAAGUUUCUAUUUGUCUCGCUUUGUUUGAGUUUUUUAUGAUUAUGAUAUGCCUAUUUUAAUGAAAACUGUAAGGUGUUUCAAUUGUAAGGUAAGUCUAUAUGUAAAUUUGUAUUUGGUUGGGUUUGCAAAUUAUAUGCAAACUGAAGAACCUUAAAUUGGUGUCGGUUUCAGUAUUUUCAAAAGCACAACAAACCAUUUGCUCAAUAAAUUGUAAAUAAUAUAAAAUCAAAAUAAAUAAUGUAUUAAUACCGUCGCUUGCAACUAAGGAUGAACUGUCGCUGAUAAAAACAUUGCCUGUUCGUGCGAGAAUCUUCAAUGUUUGACAUGAGCACUUGACAGGUUUCAAUCUGAUCAGCCAAUCAUGUUCAACCAGCUCCAAGCUGAUUGGCUGAAUGAAUUGAAACCAUCAGAUGUCAUCGCAAACAUUCAACUUUCUCAGUAUAAAAACAUUGAACUUUGUCAUGCGAAUAGACAAUGUUUUUAUCUGUGACCAUUCAUCCUUUAUAAGUUGCAAGCGACGGUAGCAAGUUAAAUGAAACAACAACGUCUCCAUUGAUUAUGGGAUAGAAUAUAGAGAAGUAGAUAAUAUUCUGAAAUAACAAUAUCAAAAAGGAAAUGUCUUUGUUUGCACUCACCAUGAAAAUAAAGAAGUCUUUCUUCGGCAGACAUUGUUAUUUUCAGAUAGGGAGGAGUGAUAUAAUAUGGGAAACCAAAACUACUGGCUCUUUUGCACAUGGGUUAUAGACACAUGGGCAAAUAGUCUAAUUAACCAUCACUCUCCCCUUGAUGAGUAAAAUAAUCUGGCAUUAGACAGAGUAAAAUCAUGAAGUAGGGAAUAUCAGGGUGGAAUGCAACUUGAAUGGGUUAACUAAACAGAUUGGCUAAUUAACCAUUGAAUAAAAUGUGUUUUUCUAGACACAUUCUUUCGGCUAAUUGACCAUUGACUGACAGUGCUUUCUCCUUGACGAGGAAAUUCAUCUGGUGUUAGAGUAAAAUAAUGAAGUAGGGCAUAUCCAAUUUCCAUCGAAGAGAUCUUUGGUCUUUGUUUUCAUAGAUCUUCAUUUUUGUGGAUCUUCAUUUUCAUAGGUCUUCAUUUUCGAAACGCCUACAGUCAGGGGCGUCGUGGCGGCUUUAGAAGUGGGGGGGGGGGACACAUUUAGCGGACCCCGAAGGUGGGUGACAUUCUAGGGGGAUUUCCUGCACUUUAGAAGAAGAUUUACAGAGUUCUAAAUUAGGUAACAAAAUGUCAUAAAAUAUCUCAAAUUAUUUUGUCUACACUCAUAAUUGAAAUAAUAUCAAUUAACUUUGUGGUUUAUUAUUUGAUCAUUGUUAAAAAGUGGGAGGCCAUGCAAAAGACAUUUAGACCCCAAAAGACAUAAUUUAGACCCCAAAGACAUUUAGGCCCCCCAACCAGAAAAGUGUGGCCGUGUGGGGGAUCGCCACACCCCCCGCCCCCCGUUUCCGAUGGCCCUGCCUACAGUAUGUUUUCCAGGACCAGCUUGUAAAAUGUGCGAUAGUUGCAGUAGGGUACCCUGAUGACCAAAUACCCAUUUUGAAGUGGAAACACUGAAACAGUACUUUUUCAAAUUACAUUCUAGUUGUCAAAGCUUUGUGCUGAAUUGUUAAUAGCUAUAGAAACAUUGAUCUUUGCACAAAGCCUCGUUCCGAGGCUAGUGCCUGUGGGCAUUCAACCAUAAUUCAAAAAGGCUUAAUAUUAUUAGGAAUCAACCAGUUGCAAUGCCCAACCAACAGGAUCAAAGUGAAUAUUUUUAAUGUUCCAUGUCAAAGAAGCUCUGCUUAUAUGUAAUACAUAACGUGUUAGAACGAAAGGUUUUUUUAAGCAGGACGAAAUUUUUCAUAUCACAUUUACAGAAAUUGAUUAAACAUAAAUUAAUUUAUUCAUUCAUGAAUCAAAUAUUAAUGAAUCUCCCAUUAAAGGACACAAUGACUGAUUAGUUUCAGUCAGACUAUGACCAUUCAUUGACCGGAGAGGUUUGCCUUAAUUUUUCAGCUACAAUCUUUGCAGGUAACAAAUUUAACCUUGAAGGAACAGUUUCAUGUGGGGAUUGUCACUGGUCAACUAGAUAUUGUUGAAGACAUUCUAGAUACAAGCCCGUCACUGGUUCAUUAUAUCGAUGAAGUAAGCCAUUAUUUUUUAGUCAUUACUCAUAGUUAGUUUUGUGUGAAGCUAAAACCUAACCAUGUAUAAUUGUGUGACUUACAUGUCUGCCUUUAUUUAGCUGUUGUGUUAAAUUUGAAGUUUAUUUUAAAUGCAUCCUUGCAGAAAGUAUGUCACCUUGCCAAUAGAGUCUCGUUCUCAUAAUUUUGACGUUCGACUUUAACUAAUGUCAUAUACACGAAAUUGAGGCUGUAUUUCCAAAGCGAUGUACUUUCCAGAAGGGUGUAUUGUCACCUGCAAUGAUUACAUUAUCAUUUCAGGCAUUUUGUGUUACAUAUCACAAUUGUUCUCCGCCGUUGGGAGCAAAAGAAUGGUCAUAUGGUUGGGUCCAAACAAAUAAUUAAGUUAAUUAUGACCAUAUAAAAGUAUCUUUCAAAAUGUAUUUAUUUAAUGUUUUUAGAAUGGUACAACACCUUUAAUUUUGUGUGCUGCUAAUGGUCAUGUUGAUGUAUUAAAAUAUUUAAUUAAACGUGGUGCCAACGUUGAACAACGAAGAAAGGUGAUCAGAUUUUGUAGUGGCAUUAUAAUUUAAAUUAUCGUCGUUUAUAGUUGAGAACACAACAGUCGCCAUGGACUUUCGAGCUUACAGUAUAUAUAUGUAGACCUUUUUCAAAAUGACGUCAGGCGCGGAUAAACAGUAAAGAGGAGGUCCAUAGGACAGUUUUAAGGCCAUGUUACACGGUGCAAUUUUUCUUGCAACUUGCAAUGCAAUUCUACUCUUGAGAGAUGUUAAUUAGUGAAAUCAGUGAAGAAUUUUCGAUAUGUUGAGAAAACAUCAGCGGAGUGUAAUGAAGACUCGUAUUUGGCAAUUUCACAUCUCUCAAGAGUAGAAUUGCAUUGCAAGUUGCAAGAAAAAUUGCACCGUGUAACAUGGCCUUUAGCGACGUUCGCAAUGCAAAUGAUGUUAUACAUAAAAUUUGAUUGGCUCGGCAACAAUUUAAUAUAAACAUACAGUAUUUUAUGACAAAAAAGGAAAAGAUAUUUACAACAAAAUUGCAAGUUUGAGUCAAAAGCAUUUUACUUAUCCAGGACCGACUCUCACUUGCGAACACACGUGCACACAGAAAUAAAAAUAAGACUAAAAAACAUUUCACAUUUGGUCAAACAUUUGGUAUGGAGAAACGAUUCGUAUCGAUUAUACUUUUGAACAGCGGCGUAUGUAUAUGCUUAUAUGAAGGUAAAAGAUAUAUAAAAAAUAACGGUAAUUAAUGACAGAUAAUUUUAGAGUCACGAGCUUUUGCCAUUCCAGUUCUUCCAGAAGUCGCUCAUAACUAUAUAGUGCCCUUGAUUUCUCCGCGUACAACGCGAGAGGCGUCAUAUUCACUUGCAGGUCCGCACAGUCUGCCCAAAUCAGUAAAAUCUGC